CACGGACGCUCCGACGAAAGGAUUGUUACAAAGUUCUCCGUACAAAUCCAUCAAAAUCUUCAUCAUCACAGUUAUCUAGAAGUUGCCUUGCUCCUGAUUCAUCAGCUGGGACGCCAUGCAGAAGCGCCCCAAUGAUCAGGAGAGCACCGAGCCUGAGCGGCCCGUCAGUAGCGUCAAUCCAGCGUCACUUGCACGCGUGAUACCGCCCCCUGGUAGACUCCCUGAAGCGAUGCAUUCUGGACUGCAGCAGUUUCCUGUACAAGGCUUUCAGGUCAGCCAACCGAGCCAUCAUAUGGCCCAACCAAUCCACCAACCGGCCGCACCCCAGCCACAGGUACCAGUCCCAGCUCCUGUACCCACUCCUGUCGCCGUGGCUGCCGCAGCACCCGUACAGACACCAAAUGCACCAGUGCACCAGCCGGUGCAGAGCCAAGUGCACCAACAACAGACUGUUCACCAGGCGCAAGCCCAUGCACAGGUACAUAGUUACUACAAUAGGCAACAAGAACAUCACAAUUGGCUAGUCGACGAGACUUCUGCUGGGGCUCCGAAGGCUCAUUCAGCCCAGGUCCAAGGACAACAGCAACAACAGUUUCAACGUCUGAAGGUGGAGGAUGCGUUGUCUUACUUAGACCAGGUGAAGCUACAGUUUGGCAAUCAGCCGCAGGUCUAUAAUGACUUCUUGGAUAUCAUGAAGGAGUUCAAGUCGCAGUCAAUUGAUACUCCUGGUGUCAUCAACCGAGUGUCCAACCUCUUCAAAGGCCACCCAGACCUCAUCGUCGGCUUCAACACCUUCCUGCCACCUGGGUACAAGAUUGAAGUGAAUGCAGCCAAUGAGACUAUCAGUGUGCACCAACCUGGUCAGCAGGUGAUGUCGAUAUCCCAUGCUACGGGGUCUAUCCUGCCGUCGGCCCAACCAGUCGCAACGAUUCCACAACCUCAACAGCCACCACAACACUCCUCGCCUGGUCACGUCGGAGCAACUGUCCCAAGUCAUGUGACAUCAUCGACACAUCACACCUACCAUCAUCAACGGCCCCCGGUGCCUGAUAUCCCGUCGCCACAGCGGGACCAAAAUCAACAACAGGCCACCCAACCUGUUGAGUUCAAUCAUGCCAUUAACUAUGUCAACAAAAUAAAGAAUCGGUUCCAAGGCCAGCCUGAGAUCUACAAAGCAUUUCUUGAAAUACUCCACACGUAUCAGAAGGAACAGAGAAGUCUCAAGGAUGCGUGCUCUCUUAUGCAGGGAACUGUCAAUACAGGUUAUAAGCCUCUCACCGAGGCGGAGGUCUAUUCCCAAGUGGCCAAACUCUUUCAAAAUCAAGAAGAUCUUCUUUCGGAAUUUGGACAAUUCCUGCCUGAUGCGAAUGGUUCAUCAGUUGUGAGCAUCGAUGCUUUCAACUUCCAAAGUCUCCCAGCAUUCGCUGCAGCAAGCCUCAAGGACUCCACGUUUGGUGUUAAAAACGACCAUUCCUCGACCGUGAAGAAGUUAGGCUUCGGCACCAAGACGCAGAUAAAGAACAGCAGUCACAUGCGACGGCCGUCAUCUGGGAGCAGUGGCCUCGCUCCGCCGGCAAAGAAACCAAAGACAGGGCCUCUCAAGGAUGUUUCGUUGACAGAGGCCGGGAAGUAUGGAAGUUUGAAGGAGUUUGCUUUCUUUGACAAGGUGAGGAAAGCCCUAAAGAAUCAAGAAGUCUAUGAGAAUUUCCUGCGCUGCCUCGUGUUGUUCAAUCAGGAGGUUGUAUCGAGAGCAGAGCUGGUCCAACUGGUGCAGCCAUUCCUCAGCAAAUACCCCGACUUGUUCAAAUGGUUCAAAGACUUCCUUGGCUACAAAGAGAUGAGUGGCAUGAUUGAGGCCCUGCCCCAGGGUGCGACAGGCAAGGAACGCAUCAGUGGAGACCUGGCUAUGGAGAUUGACUAUGCAAGCUGUAAACGUUACGGAGCCAGUUAUCGGGCGCUACCCAAGACUUACAUGCAACCCAAGUGUUCGGGGCGGACGCCUUUGUGCAAGGAGACGUUGAACGACACAUGGGUAUCCUUCCCUUCCUGGUCAGAAGAUUCAACAUUUGUCACGUCGAGGAAGACACAGUUUGAGGAACACAUUUACAGGUGUGAGGACGAACGGUUUGAGCUUGAUGUCGUCAUAGAAACCAACCUGUCAGCAAUCCGUGUUUUAGAGGGCGUACAGAAAAAGAUGCAUCGCAUGUCCAGUGAGGAAGCUGCCAAGUUUAAACUCGAUAACUGCCUUGGUGGCACAUCAGAUGUGUUACAUCGGAAGGCAAUCCAGCGGAUAUACGGCGACAAGGCUCCGGAUAUCAUCGACGGUUUGAAGAAGAACCCGGUUGUAGCUGUUCCUCUUGUUCUCAGACGAUUAAAAGCAAAAGAAGAAGAAUGGCGGGAAGCACAGCGUGGCUUCAACAAGAUCUGGCGGGAACAGAAUGAAAAAUACUAUCUCAAGUCACUUGAUCACCAGGGCAUCAACUUCAAACAGAACGAUGUCAAGUCCAUACGCUCGAAGGCUCUUCUCAAUGAGAUCGAGACUAUAUUUGAUGAGCGCCAGGAUGCUAACGGUGAGGGUACUAGUGAUGUUCAUAUCUCCUACACAUACAAGAACAAGUCGAUUCUCGACGACGCAGCAGCCCUUGUCAUCCAUCACAUGAAACGUCAGACAAGUAUCCACAAAGACGACAAGCAAAAGAUCAAACAACUACUGAAGCAUUUCAUUCCGGACUUCUUCUUCACGCCGCGGGGAGAUCUUAGUGAUGACGAGAUGGACAUUAAUGAUGAUGAUGAAGAGACUCCUAUGAACACAAGCACGAGUCCAACGAAAUCAAAGGAGCCAGUCAUUGUGACGACACCGGUGAAGAUAGAGCCAGUGGCAGAGGAACAGAAGAAGACUGAUGACGUGAAAUCACCCGUCAUCAACGGCCAUGCCAAUAGUGACGCAGAGAAAGAGUUCGAUGAAAACGACGACAGAUACUCACUUUUCUUCGUCAACAACAACUGGUACCUGUUCUUCCGGUUGCACCAGAUCCUGUGCGCCCGUCUACAAAAGAUUUACAUUCACGCAUCAAAGAUUGCCGAGGAAGAGAUAGCAUGCAAGAAGGAGAGGCGCGAGGCGACGGCUAUUGCCUUGCGAUUAAAACAGCCAACUGAAGUCGAGCCGGAGGACUACUACCCAUUCUUCCUCGAGAUGGUUAAGAAUCUCUUGGACGGCAACAUGGAAUCUAACGGUUAUGAGGACCAGCUGCGAGAGAUGUUUGGUAUCCAUGCCUACAUUGCCUUUACCCUCGAUAAGGUCGUCCAGAACAUGGUCAGACAGCUCCAACACAUAGCAUGUGACGACUGUUGUAUACAGUCGACGGAACUAUUCCAGCAACAGAAGGUCCUGGACGCGACCGGUGGGCGCCUGGCCACGCAACAUCAACGAGCUGCUGUCGAGAAUGCAUAUCAACGGAAGGCAGAGCAGUUGUUGUCCGAUGAGAACUGUUUCAAAGUGAUGUUGUAUAAGAAUGACUGCCGUCUGACCAUCGAACUCUUGGACACCGACACGGAGAACUCAGAGGAACCAGUCGAGGUCGAACGAUGGUCAGAAUAUGUGGAAAAAUACAUCGCCAAUGACGAGACAAUACCUGGUGAGCUGAAAGACCAGCUCUCUCGGAAACCUGUCUUCCUGCCAAGAAACAUCCGCCAAUGGCGACAACGGAACAAGCUUGACAAACAAAUCAAAGAGGGCGCUCCGGUCGCUGGCCCCGUGACAGCAGACGGAGACGGACCUAAACCCACUGUCAAGGAAGAGCUGCAGGUCCUCGAUGAUACGGAAUGCAAGUUCAACGUGAACUCAUUCAAGAUGGUCUACGUGGUGAACAGUGAGAGCUUCCUGUACAAGAGGAAUGCAUUGAACAAGGCACAUGUGUCUCACCCGCGCAUCUCGAUGAAACUCCACGAUAAAUUCAGCGCCUGGUGCCUCGCGUGGCGAGACAUGAAUGUUGAACCGGACAAGGAGAAGGAGUGCAGUGAUUGGCUGGAGGCGAAUAAUGAGGACGAGGAACGUAAGCCAAGCAUCACACGCCGAAAAGACGAUAACGAUUUGGAGAAAUCGCCGUAUUAUCCGUAUAACAAGUACGUCGUGGAAUACUUUGCUCCAGUGCCACCUCAAGCUGAGCCUGCUGCCGGAACCCCAAACCCUACUCCGACUCCCAUGGAAACGGACUCACAAUCGUAGAAUCUCAAACUUCUUUAGCUGUUCCCCCUUCUGUAUUGUACUUGGUUUGUUCCAUCUAGUGAGUAUGUAUACGUUGGAUCAGUUCCUUUGAACAGAUUGGGUUAGGUCACGGCAAUGUUGCCUUUGAACUUAUUGCUGUGACACCCCCUCCUGUGUGGUAAGUACAGCAGGGGUGACAGCAUAAAGCAGACCCUCGGAAUAACCAUAUCGUGGAGUUGCAUUGUGCACCUGUUUUUCAUCACAGACUUAAACUUUUGUUGACCAAAAGUCAUCCACCUCUUCAGCCCAGGGCUGUUAGUGUUAACCUGUUUGUUUACACAGUGAAUGAUGAAAUGUCUUAUCACAUAUUCCUUUUCGGCACGAGGCUUGAAAUUGAAACAAUUCAAAUGAUUAGAAAAUACUUCAGUUGAAAUCGAUAUUUUGGUCAAAAUUGUGCCGAAAUAUUUCAACAGCUUGUGUGUUGCUGGAAUUUGCUAGUUGAAUAACUGCAUUUGAUUUUGCAUAAAAACGCCUGAUUUGGUCUGGAAGGACUGCACGUUAAUAAAUUGUGCAGAACCCACGUCUCAGAUAUUUUAUUUUUAUAUGAGAAAUGAUUACCAUUGGUCAUGUGACGAGAAAUGCAUUUAUUAUAUACCUUUUCAUCUGGACUGUUCUUAUGCAUUGACUGGAAUGGUCCAUUGAGGAAAAUGGGGGGUGAAGAUUAAAGGUUAUCCAUGAAUUUGUUCUCAUUUUGUUACUAGCUCUGUUGUGCUAGGUAUAUUUGGUCGUUUUGCAUGGAGAGGGGGGGGAGCUGCAUUAGGUUUGUACAGUUGACUUUCAUUGUUUUGAACAGUUACUAAAUAACGCCUUGAGAAAACUCCUUUUGUCCUUAUAAGGAGAAUCUACAGAGUAUGCAUUGCUGAAGAUACUUCUUCCCUCGUCUAACCACAGGGUUGUACAGGUUUACAAAUAGUAUGGGACAUUUUCAGAUCCCUCCCCACCCCAAUGCGUACAGACUUUAUGAGAGCCCCCUAUUGCCCGUUGUAAAUAUUAUGAUAUUGUAAUGUAGCAAAUGUUUUGAUUGUAAAUUUUUCUGCCGUGACCUUUUUUGUGACGACGACCGUACUAUUACAAACGCCAUGCCUGAGAUUCCUCGGAAAUAAUGUUGUAUUAGCGAUUGAACUGUAAGGCUGAGUUUCCACAAGUCGCGUACCACCAUAGCGUGUUAGCAAAAGCAUUUUUGAAGAUGAAUUUGAAUGCCUACAUAACCUGCACUUGAGAGAUGGUGUUGUUUCGCGCCACAUAUCACUGUUGAAACAUGAUGAUUCAAUCACCGCGACAUCUUUGUAAACUCUGCCUGAUUCUAUGAACCUGGAGUUUUCAGCGGCAGUUCAUCAAUGACGAGUCUGCCAUCUUGUGGUGGUGGUAAGAUGAAAUACGAAAAACAGUUUAGAUAAGAUCCAACUAAAGUUUUAAGUUGCUUUACAUGAACAACAAAAACAAGGAAUUGAAUGUCUAUUUAUAAAAUUAUGAACUUGUUAGCAUUUUGAAUAGUUGGUAAAAGCUGAAAGAGUUUUAAUACUGAGUACUUCACAAUGCGAUGUACAGGCUAAGUUUCUAUAAAACGUCACAUGAAAUGUCAACAAAAUGCGUAUUAUUGAAUAUAUACAUAUAUAAAUAUACACGAAUACAAAUGAGGAAGAUUUGUUUAUUUGAUUCUUUGUCUGAUAUGUGGCUAUGGGACUGGCCCCCCAUAAUCAUGCUGCUCCUAUUACUUUGAGCAGAAUCCCUGGAAGUUCUACAGGGUGUUCCAAUUCGUUAGCUUGUCCAGUUUUUCGGUUCAGGUCCGGCAGUUACCAUUGUUUACUCUAAGCAUCUGUUGUCGCUGUGAUAUUUCUCCUGUUUUGAUUGUGAUCCGAGGCCAAACAAACCUUCAUAGUGUCCCAGCACUAAGAUGCUGUUGGCAAUAGUCUAAGACCAUGUCAUCAUGGUUCCCUCCAAAGCCUGGUAUGUGUGCUGUCUGAUGUCUGGACUAUUCAGAACAGCAU